AUGCCUCGCUUCUCCGUGCGCAACAUUGUCGUCACUGUCAACAUCCUGCUUCUCACCGCGCUUGUGAUCCACCUGAAGCAAGUGUUAUGGGACAGGCAACUCUCCCCUGCCGACCUCGGCACGUCGCAUAUCCCUGAUGAGCUUCUCGACGACGCCCAGUUCUCGAAGCGGCGAACGGCCGUCGUUGUCGCGGCGCAGGCGAGCGAGAAUGCGACUUGGCUCGACGCGUAUUUCCCCGACUGGGAGAAGAAUAUAUACCGCGUUGACGAUGCGUCUGCGGCGCUCACUGUGCCGAAGAAUAAGGGACGGGAGAGCAUGGUGUACUUGACCUAUAUUAUCGACAAUUACGACUCGCUCGCAGACAACGUCCUCUUCAUCCACCCGAACAGGUACCAAUGGCACAACGACGACCCAGACUACGAUGGCCUACCGAUGCUGCGCCGCUUCCAACUGCCCUACCUCGAGAAACAAGGAUACGUCAACAUACGGUGCGCGUGGUCAUUGGGGUGUCCAGCGGAAAUCAAGCCGUUUGAGGAAGAAGGCGAGCAUAGGGAAGCAGUGCACGCGGGCGGCGACUACAAACAGGCAUUCGAACACCUGUUUCCUGGUACCAAGGUGCCGGAGACGGUGGGCGUGAGCUGUUGUGCGCAGUUUGCUGCGACGAGGGAGAAGAUUAGGGAGAGGAAGAAGAGCGAGUAUGUGAAGUACAGGCAGUGGAUCAUGGACACGGAUCUGAAGGAUAGCAUCAGCGGGAGAGUGAUGGAGUAUUCGUGGCAUAUGAUCUUUGGCAAGCCACCAGUGCACUGCCCGAGCGAGAAAGAGUGCUACUGCAAGACGUUCGGGCUUUGCAACCUCACAUGCAACGGCGAUCGCGACUGUCAAGGCCGAUAUACCUUACCACCAUUCUCGUCGCUGCCCGACGGUUGGCCAUACGUUGGCUGGAAUAGAGAGGACAGAGAACGAGCUGGGCCUGAAGAUCCAUUUGCAUAA